AUGGACAGACAUCGUUAUCAUGGCCCUGUGAUUGCGAUUAUAGAGUGCCCUAAAAUCCAGUUACUAAAGUCUGGUAUACGGGCACUGGAAGAAUUUCCAUGUGUAGCCAUCCCUUCCAAUGUUCGUGAUAGCCAAUAUCAGGCUAUUGGUUGGCAGGUAAUUGCUGCGAAAAUUGGAUUACAAAGAUGUGCUGCGUCAUCACAGUGGUUUAAUGAGAGAGUUACACUUUCACGAUAUGCCCAUGUUCCAAUGGGAAAUUCUGAAGAUGACUGGCUCAUGCAACAGGUUCUUUGGAUAUCUGAUAAUGGCAUCCCAGACUUGGGAGGCACUAAUGAAGAAGUACCGUGUUUUAUAGAUGAGGUCAAUCAAUCUGUUCUCACUUACCCUGGUGCAUAUAGGAAGGUUACUGUUGAGCUUAAGAUCCAUCACCUAGCAGUCAAUGCACUUCUGAAAAGUAACCAAGGGAAUGAAAUGGAAGGAGGUGCUUUAUUUGGUCUAGACCAGGAAUUGAAUUCCGCUUCAUUUAACUCUGACAAACUGUACUGUUUUGAUGAGGAGACAUCGUGUGCACCAGCAUUUCGUGUUCUUAAACAGUUGAUCCAGAGAUGCCUUGCUGAUGCAGUAACAUCAGGAAAUGUUUUUGCUGAUGCUAUACUGCAGCAUCUCCCAAAUUCCAAACUUCAUGACCCUUCCGUACACCGCAUGCUACAUAAGAUUAUGCAGAAGGUGUUAGCUUUGCUGAUGGCGGAUUUCCGCAAAUUAGGUGCAACAGUUGUAUUUGCUAGCUUCAGCAGAGUUGUCAUUGAUACAGGAAAAUCUGAUAUAUCUGCUGCAAAAACUUAUUGUGAUACUAUACUCAAAACUCUGCAGACUAGGGACCUAUUUGAGUGGAUUGAACUUGAACCUGUCCAGUUUUGGCAUUCGCUGCUCUUUAUGGAUCAGUACAACUACGGUGGAAUCCAAGCUAGAUUAGAAGACAGACCCACUGAAGAAUCUUCGAGAGCAAGUGUGGAGAACAUGCCAGACGACUACCAAGUGGAAAUUAUCUCCAGCUGGACUAUUGCGGAAAACUUAACCAAAAAAGCCCAGGGCCACUUCAUCGUGAUUGUUUCUGAGUUUUUGUAUUUCCCAUGGAAGUUUGCGCAAGAAGAAGCUGCUAAGCGUGCAUCGACCACAGGUGACCUAUGUACUCCAUCAAUCACAGCUUCUACUGCAGAAAUUCUUGAAACUCAGAUGACUGAAUUUCUGAAGAAAAAGAUUGCAUCUGAGUUUACAGAAAAACUUCUUAAGAUUGUCUGUGAUCCAAGUCUCCAUGUAAAAGAAAAAAACAAAUCGCAGGGUGAUCAAAACAUCUCAACUGGAGGUUUGCCAUCAUUGAAUAACAUCCAUAAGGGAGAUUCUGCUCUGGAUUUUAUCAAGUACGUCUGUGCAGCUUUGGCACUUGACCAAAAAGUUCAGCAUGAAGUUCUGUUCCACAUUGUUCGAAUUGUCCACUGUUACCUAGCAUUGAACUACUGCAAGGACUGUAGGGACCUUGACUUGUGCCGUGACAGGACCUUAGUCUCCCAGCAAUGGCAUUGUCCCGUGCCACAUUGUGGUCAACCCUAUGAUCGUGAAUUGAUGGAGAAUUCCCUAAUUCAGAUUGCACGCCAAAGGGAGAGAUUGUACCACCUUCAGGACCUUGUGUGCCUCAAGUGCCACCAGAUAAAAGCUGCCCAUUUGGCCGAACACUGCACAUGUGCUGGCUCAUUCACCUGCAAGGAGGACCCAUCUGAGUUUCGUAAUAAGAUGCAGAUUAUUUUGAAUGUGGCGGUUGACCAGAAAUUCCAGCUUCUACAAGAAUGCGUCUCGUGGAUCUUAGAAGUUAGGUAACUCUGACUGAUUUAAACUGGGGUGAACAUCUCAGGUUGAUGAGUGUAAUUUGUAUAUAGUUCUUAUUGCAUGGGGUGAUGGUUAAAAGGAUUAAAGUUACUGAAGAUAGGUAUUGGACAUUUGGACUCUUGUGAUGUAUAUAGAUGCCACCAUUUGGGUGUUGCUAU